UCCAGCUCUGCACAUCCCCGGGGAAGGGGCGGUGAGCCCUGGGAAGCUGUUGUUUCCUGACAGAGGCAGAGUCCCCCCGGCCGGGCUGCGCUGGGAUGGGGAGGGACUGUCACUGCCUGGGUGUGACAGUCAGGUGAUGCCGCAGCCAGGAGCUGUUCCUGGCUCAGGAUGGCUGCAGAGCCCUCGCCGGCUGCCCCUGGUGUCCCGGGAGCUGGCACAUCCUGUCCCUGGCUCAGGGAAUCUCCCCCAAACCCUCUCAGCUUUCCUACGAGCCACCUCUGCCUCCUGGCAUUUGAUGUCACAGCGGUCACCUGAGCUCCCUCCUCCCCAUCCUGCCCUUUCUCUUUCCCUUCCCUAUGGCUUUGUGCCGUUUUUCCCCCUCUGCGAGCUGAUGUCUGUCUUUUCCCACUUCCGUGCUGCGAACACCCACAUGCCUUAUCUCCUUCCCCCAUCCCAUCCCGAAGCCUAUUUAUACAGAGCCUGGCUCCUGCCCAGCCUGCCAGCGACGCCGCGGGAGCGGGACGGGGCUGGCAGCGCCCGCAGCCCAACAUGCUCUGGGCUGCAGGGGGAUGGCUCCUGCUCUGCCUGCUCCCGUCCAUCCUCAGAGCCCGGGCUAGCCCCGAGAGCGGGCCCGGCUCGCCGCUGUGCCAGCAGAGCCCCACGAAGGUGUCUUGCAAAGGAGUUGGCCUGCAGAAAUUUCCCAAGGAGCUUGGCCAAGGAAUUAAGUACCUUGAACUCUCCAACAACUUCAUCCAAAACCUGUCAGGCAGCAACAUGCCAGGAUUGGGGCAGCUGGAGUACUUGGAUGUGUGCUUCAACCAGCUGGAAUCCGUGUCAGCCGCCGCCCUGGCUGAGCUGCCUCGGCUGCGCUCGCUGCUCCUGGGGUCGAACCACCUGGACCGGAAUUACUUGGCCAACGGGGAAGCUUUCCAUCUGCUCAGGAAUAUAGAGGUCCUGGACCUGUCUGUGAAUAACCUGGAGAGCCACAUGGCCAGCUGGUACAUCAGCAACCUCACCAGCCUGAGGGUGCUGGAUCUCUCUGGGAACACGAUGACCAAGCUGCUGGCGGGAACCUUCCGGAACUCACCGCGGCUGCGCCAGCUCGACCUCAGCAACAACUACGUCAUGGAGAUCCAGGAGGGAGCUUUUGAGCCUCUGGAAGAGCUGCAGGUGCUGAACUUGGCUUUUAAUUCCCUCCACUGUAUCUCUGGCUUCAGCCUCACGCAGCUGCGAGUUUUAAACCUCAGCCACAACGCCCUGGAGCUCUUCUCUGAGGAGGAGGGAGCGCAGCCCUACCUGCUCCGAGUGCUCGACUUGAGCCAUAACAGACUCCUCUCCUUCCCAGAGCUCCCCAGAGCCCAUGAUCUCACACACUUAAACCUCUCCAACAACCUCAUCGCUUCCCUGCUCCCAGGCUCACCCUACCCCAGGGAGUUCAUCGUGCCCUACAAGGAGAUGCAGAGGUUCAACAGGACCGUGCGUCCCGUGGCCACUCUGACACACGUGGCUGACCUGGAUCUCAGCAACAACCGCCUGGAGCUGUUCCCAUUUUCCUUCUUCCGCAGCCUGGGCUCCCUGCACAGCCUCAGCCUGGCAAGGAACUGUCUCCAGGACGUGGCCAGGGAGUCUGUCACCAAUGGCACGGAGCUGUCCGUGCGCUCGCUGGACCUCCACAGCAACGCCCUCCGUGUGCUGCCACGCUGGUUCUUCCAUUCCCUGCCCCACCUGGAAUCCAUGGAUCUGGGCUCCAACAGCCUCCAGCCUUGUGAGAGCCAGGGGAGCGACCAGGGAAGGAAUUUGGGAGGGGAUUCUCACACAUCAGCCCCUGGAGACACCUGCACCCCCUUCUACAACGUGCCUCACUUGAAGCACCUGAGCCUGUCCGAGAACAACAUCUCCAGGCUGCAGCCCCACGCCUUCAGCGGGACCCCACUGCUCUCCCUGGACCUGUCAGGAAACAGGGACUUGUCCAUGCCCACGGGAGCGCUGGCAGGCUUGGAGCUGUCCCUGCAGGAGCUCUCUCUGAGGGACAACCAGAUGGACGAGGCAGCGCUGCCCUGCCUGGGCACGCUGCGGGCGCUGGACCUGUCGGGCAACCGCCUGAGCCUGCUGCCCCCAGGGCUUUCCUGCUCCCCUCUGGAGAGCCUGGACGUUCGGAACAACAACCUGCAGGCCUUGGGAGCAGCGGGGAGCUGGUCCCGCAGCCUGAGGGCCGUGUCUGUGGCUGGGAACCCCUGGAGCUGCUGCUCGCUGGGCUGGCUGGACGCGCUGCGUGCGGCCGGCGUGGCCGUGCCCGACCUGCGCCAGGCCCGCUGCGUCUUCCAGGAGCACGGCCGGAAUGUCUCGGCCAGGAUCACCGGCACUCCCCGCUGGAUCUGUCCCCGAGCCGAGGGCACUGCCUCGCUGGCUCUGCUGGUGGCCCUGAUGGGCCUUUCCCUCCUGGUUGUCUGGGUUUUCUGCCUCCUGAGGAAAGGGCGGAAGGCUCCGGGAUGUGCGGGACUUGAGAGCAACAGGGUGGGAGUGUCCCAGCCCCAUCCCAAAGGACAGGGGCCAGCUGAGGAGAGGCCACCUGACAGCACCACCAAGGUGUAGCCCAGAGCUGCAGCCAUCGGUCAGAACUCUAAUUAUUAUUAAUAAUAUUAAUAUUAAUAAUAUUAUUGUGGUUGAA